AUGACGGCCAGCAGCAACCAAACCGGACGUGUACGGGGAAGGAGGAAGCCGAGGAAUGAGAUCGAGGAGGCCAACAAAAAGUCGAAUGGCGAGUUUCUCACAGAAUACAUACAGCCAAGUCAAGGGUGGCCCGAAUGGAUUCACCCGCGGACUGGGGCCAGGUACACGCUCAGUCUCACCCAGGCGCCCGGUCUCGGUGAUGAUCAGCUCGAGUCCUGCUUCCGGCUCAUAGCAGAAACGAGCGGCGAGGAUUACCGAAACUCGUCUCUUGGCUGGCACCCGGCCGCCAAGCGACGGGAGAUGCGGUCGCCUGACCUGCGGUACAUACUCGUCUCGGACAGCGAGGGUAGAGUCCAAGGGUUUACUUCGAUGAUGCCGACCUUUGAGAACGGUGAAGCGGUUGUGUAUUGCUACGAGAUACACAUCGCGGCCAAUCUCCGAGCGUGGAAACGGCACAGCACUGGCCUCGGGAGCCAGCUCAUCAGCUAUCUCGGUGCCGCAGCGGAGCGCAUCCCGUCGGUGUGCAAGGUCAUGCUGACGUGCUUUGCGGGCAACGCCCACGCCCUUGCCUUUUACGCCCGGCUCGGAUUCGAGGUCGACGACUUUUCGCCGCGAGAGAGAAUACUGCGCGGCGGCAAGGUUUUUGUGCCAGACUAUGUGAUUCUCAGCCGCAAGACAGUCGGCGCCCACCGCCGUGGUAGUUCGCGCAUCGAUGGCCUUCUGGAGAAUGCCGCCCUGGCCGAAACGUGA